UUUUUGGAAUUUUCUCGCUUCUUGCCACAUAGGAUUUUGAUUUCCAAUAUGACAUGAUAAAACAUUGCAAACAAUACAUAUCUUAUUAAAAAUUGUCUUUUGAAGCAAACAACACAUAUUUUGUUCUAGAAUAUCGUAUAAAUGCUUCUUGACAAUUCCAGACCUAUGUUUAAACACACUGCAUUAUAUGGUGAACUUUUUAUCUCUUCCGUGAAUUUCACAAUAAGCUACUGCACUGGAAAUUAUCAAUGGUUCGUAUUGUUCAAUGACAGCAUAAUUCAGAUACUGUCCGUUAUAGCAACGCAUAAUCUAGUCUUAUAUCAUACUUAAAGAGCUUCUCUAUAAAACGAUUUAGUAUUCAGGCUUACAUUCAGUGACUGUGUAAACACAUUCACACAUAUAUAUGUUAUAUGCAUACAUGUACUGCAUUGGAUCCUUUCUCAAAAAUUGGAGUAUUGAAAAACAAAAUUGAAGGAAUACGGACGGCUUCUGUAAAAGACAUUCCAAUCAUCAUGGACGAGCUGACGUUCGGACUUCUAAAUACGUCAUCUUUAUUGAAUUAUAGCAAUGCUAUAUUUCAACUAGAACUAUCAUCUUUUCCGGAUUCUUCGUGGGGCUUAUCACUUACAAUUAUCUCAACAAUCCUCCUUGUUAUCGGAGUGAUUGCUAAUACCAUUGUAAUCAUUCUUGUAUUAGCAAGGAAUGAACUUCGGACACCGACAUUCACGGUGAUAGCUUGUCUCUCUGUUGCUGAUUUGUUAUGUUUGUGCUCACGUUACGUAGUCGGGAUUUACGCUACAAAACAUUUUAUGGGAUACCAAGCUGUGCUCAUGUACGCAACGAUAACGUUUUAUUUCUUACACAGUGCGAACUUUCAUAUCGUGUUGAUUGCAUAUUUACGUUAUGUAUUCAUCACUAAGCCUUUGGAAAGUGUGAAGAUCACCACAAAAAGCGUAUUAAAAAUGUCGGGAGGAGUGUGGUUUGCAGGAAUACUAACUGGAUCUCUAUACUGCCUAAGAAUUGUGUUGGAACUGCAUGAUAAUAUCACUUUCAAGGAUGGUUCUGUUUUGGAAAUAAUAUUCUGUAUAUAUGUCACAUUUGUACUGUUUUUACUCAUUGUGGUUUUGCAUAUUAUUAAAAUUUUCAAACUAAAAAACACGGGACAUUUGUCAUCAGGACAACAUUCAUCAAUUUCGAGAAAAAUGUCCCUGAUGAUAUUUAUAAUCAUUGUGAUUUAUCUAUUGAGUACCACUCCAAUUUUAGUAGGUAUAAUUUUAUAUUUUAUAUGUAUUUCUAUAGAUUACAGCAUCGCUGUAUGUCCGAUUUCCUUUUAUUAUUACGCUGUAUCUGUUUCGUCACUGUGUUUGCUUUUAAACAAUGCUGUUAAUCCAUUAAUUUACUUCUUUUUUUCUCCCCCAAGUCUUAAAGCCCUUCGCAGAAUCAAGCAAUUCUGCACAAAAUCUUAAUCUUCAGGAAUCAGGCAAUGCUGCACAAAAUCGUAAUCUUCAGGAAUCAAGCAAUGCUACACAAAAUCUUAAUCUUCAGGAAUCAAGCAAUGCUGCACAAAAUCUUAAUCUUCAGGAAUCAAGUAAUGCUGCACAAAGUUUAAAACAACUAAUAAAUCAAUAGAGGCUAUGUUCAAUAAAAUAUAUGACUGACUUGUAUAAAGGUUCUUCAUUGGUUCAUGUAAUGUUUGAUACCAAAUAAAUUGUAGAU